UUGCAGAAGCGAGGUUUGUUGAAGACGUUUGAGAUCCCAUCAGCAGCGCUGGUGAACUAUUUGCUCCAUCUGGAGCAUCACUAUAGGGAUAAUCCGUAUCAUAAUCAGAUUCACGCGGCUGAUGUUGCGCAAUCCGUCAAUGUUCUCAUCUCAUCGCCAACACUUCAGGAUGUCUUCUCAGAACUGGAA